GCAGUACGCCCAUGUCUUUGUGGGACAAACUUCGGUACCGUUACAUUGGUGUAGAAAAGCUGAGAAUUGAGGCUAACGUGGAGGCCCACGUUCUGGAGGUUGGAAAUUCUGUCCGGUUGAAAGCUGAUGAUGAUCCAACAAUAGGCCACCAUAGUCAAGGUUCAAUAAGGAGAAUGAAAGAGAAACAUGUAUGGAGUGGGCAGAUAAUGGAGGAACUUCUGCAACGAACUUGUGAGUAUGAUUACAGACAAGAUGAGAGUCUUGGGGAUAAACAGAACCAGCAAGGUAAUCUGAUUGGCAAGAGCGGCGUCAAAGAAGGACAAAAAAUCGACAGCGUUGUUAGUGGCAACAAAGAAUGGUCUGACAGAAGUGGUGAAGAGAAUCCUUGAAGUUUAUCCAGUGGCUAUUUAUAACAAAACUGACCCAAAGAAAAGAAACAUAGUCGUCCUUUUGGCUGUCCUAAAAAGACAAACCCAUGUUUUCAAGUCAUUGAUGAAUCACCCUCUUUGACAUUCCCUCCGAGAUGCUAUGGAUAUCGAUGGAAAUAAUGUACUGCACAUGGCCUCCUUUCUUCUCCAACACAUGCCUCGUCAAAUUCAUGGCUCUCUCAUGCAAAUGCAAUAUGAAGCCCUCUGGUUUAA